AACCGCGUAGGAAUAUGCAUCACUCAUCCAACUAUCAUAUGCCAGUAAUUGCUUUUAAAGCCAAUGGCGCCUUUAAAAUGUCUAGUUUUAUAAAACUCUGUGUUUUUCUGUAUUAUCUAUGCAAGUGUGUCCAUAUGAACGCAGCGGUCCAAGCGUCAACGUGACCACUUCCAAUGCUCAUCGGUCUGCAUGAUUGAUAGCACUGGAAAUUGUACGAUUGCAUUAAUGGUCAUUUGAGAUUCGAAAUUAAGUCCACAAAAUAAAUUCAGUGUCUAUUGGUCAUUCUGAGGAGGUGUUUGUAGCAAGUCUUUAUUUGAAAAUUACUGAUCGGAGUUAUUGUGUUCCAGACAAAGCUUCACCAUGGGGGAUAUGUUUCGUAGCGAAAAGAUGGCGCUAUGCCAAUUAUUCAUACAACAAGAAGCUGGCUAUAGCACUGUUUCCGAACUGGGCGAGAUCGGAUGUGUACAAUUUCGUGAUCUAAACGCUAAUGUCAACUCCUUCCAACGUCAUUACGUAACUGAAGUGCGUCGUUGCGAUGAGCUAGAGCGUCAAUUGCAUUACAUUGAAAGUGAAUUGAAAAAGGACGGUAUUGAAUUGAGCGAAUUAACCGAUGAUCUGCCGCUAGCGCCGAAUCCGCGUGAUAUUAGCGAUCUUGAGGCCACGCUCGAUAAAGUGGAGACAGAAAUAAGUGAACUCGCACAAAAUAAUGUCAACCUCAAGACCAACUACACCGAGUUAAACGAGCUGUGCAUAGUGUUAGAGAAGACGCAAAUAUUCUUUAGUGAUGUCAUGGAUUCACCAUCGAACUUUGGGAGCGAUGACGCGCAUGCACAUUCGCGGGGCCAAUUGGGAUUUGUGGCCGGCAUACUGAAUCGUGAGCGUUCGUUCGCUUUCGAGCGCAUGCUUUGGCGAAUAUCGCGCGGUAACAUUUAUGUGAAGCGUGCUGAUUUGGAAGAACCUCUCAUAGAUCCACAUACCGGUCUUGAGGUUUACAAAACCGUUUUUGUGGUUUUCUAUCAAGGUGAGCAGUUGAAUAUGCGUAUCAAGAAAGUUUGCAACGGGUUUCGUUCAUCCCUGUACCCUUGCCCAGCGACGCAUGCCGAACGCGAAGAUAUGUUGCGUGGGGUUAAGACCCGUUUGGAAGACUUAAAAUUGGUAAUAAGUCAAACGGCGGAUCAUAGACGUUUAGUGCUAUCGAACACUAUCAAAAACUUACCCCGAUGGAUGGUCAUGGUACAAAAAAUGAAAGCCAUCUAUCAUACUUUGAAUAUGUUCAAUAUAGAUGUGACCAAAAAAUGUCUAAUCGGUGAAGGUUGGGUGCCAAGAAACGACCUGGAAAAUGUUAAGCAAGCGCUUGCAGCUGGUUCGGCUGCUGCCGGCAGCACGCUACCGUCGUUUAUGAAUGAGCUCGAGACCGAGCAAACACCACCAACCUUUAAUCGUGUCAAUAAGUUUACGAAUGGCUUUCAACAUCUCAUCGACGCUUACGGUAUGGCCAAUUAUCGCGAAGUGAAUCCGGCGCUUUACAGUUGUAUCACAUUUCCCUUUCUGUUUGCCGUUAUGUUUGGUGAUUUGGGUCACGGAUUUUGCAUAUUCCUAUUUGCGCUCUGGAUGGUGUUGGAUGAGGAGCGUUUGAGUAGGAAACGUGGUGGUGAAAUCUGGAAUAUAUUCUUUGGCGGCCGUUAUAUUAUACUAUUGCUGGGACUUUUCUCCAUGUACACUGGUUUUCUGUAUAAUGAUAUAUUUUCAAAAUCGCUCAACAUUUUCGGCUCUGGUUGGAGAAUACACUACAAUACCAGCACCGUGUUGACAAAUCCCAGCCUACAAUUAGAUCCAGGCGUGGCUUCUUUUAAAACUUACCCUUUGGGUGUGGAUCCCAUUUGGCAAUUGGCUGAUAACAAAAUUAUUUUUCUCAACACCUUUAAAAUGAAGAUGUCCAUUAUUAUCGGUGUGGCUCAUAUGAUCUUCGGCGUUUGUUUGUCUGUAGUGAAUUUUAUGUACUUUAAGAAGUAUUCACUGAUAUUCUUGGAAUUCAUACCGCAAAUACUUUUCCUCAUACUACUCUUCGGCUACAUGUGCUUUAUGAUGUUCUACAAAUGGGUUAAAUAUACGCCGAAGACCGAUUAUUUGCCCGAUUCGCCCGGUUGUGCGCCAUCCGUUCUCAUUUAUUUCAUCAAUAUGAUGCUGUUUAGCGAUUCACCACAGCUGCCAGGUUGCGACGAGUACAUGUUCGUGGCACAGCCAUCUUUGGAGAAGAUCUUCGUAGUAUUGGCUAUAAUUUGCAUUCCUUGGAUUUUGUUAGGCAAACCGUUGUAUAUCAUGGCUAUGCGGAAACUUCGUACCAAGCGUCAAAUUACUAUAUCAAGUUUAGGUAAAAUGGCAGAGGAAGGCGGCAGUCAUGAUGUUCACGACGAAGAAGAAGACGAUGAACCAAUUAGCGAAAUAUGGAUACAUCAAGCUAUACAUAUGAUCGAAUACAUACUGAGUACUAUAUCGCACACCGCUUCCUAUUUGCGUUUGUGGGCCCUGUCGUUGGCUCAUGCAGAACUUUCUGAAGUACUCUGGAAUAUGGUACUUUCGGAGGCCCUUAAAUUUAAUGGCUAUCCGGCAGCCAUUGCUUUAUACUUUAUUUUCGGCGCUUGGGUGUUGCUUACAAUAGCUAUUAUGAUUUUGAUGGAAGGCUUGUCGGCCUUCUUGCAUACCUUACGUUUGCAUUGGGUUGAAUUUAUGAGCAAGUUCUAUACUGGCGCGGGUUAUGCAUUUGUGCCUUUCAGUUUCAAAGUGUUAUUGCACAAAGAUGAAGAUGAUUGAGUUCAUUAAAGAAUAUACGAAAUAAUUUUAUCAAUCAGAUAUUGUUGUUCCUAAUUUCAAAGUUCAUUAAACACAACACUGUAUAUCCAUAUGAGUAAUCUGAA